GUUCCCUGGCCCGUGUAGUGACGUCAGGAGCGGCGGCCAUUUUCCCCUGGUCUGAGCUCCGCCUUCCUUCUAUCAUUCCCACAAGGCAGCAGGAGCAGAGAGCAGCCAUUGCUGUGUCUGGCAGCAGCAGGAUUACACCAUAGUGAAGAAGACAUUCGGUGAGCAUGAGAACCCCAGCAACCAUCCUCGUGUUGCAGGUGGACUAAGCAGGACCUAGAGCCCCAUCACGGUGCCUCCACCUCACUUACUGACUCACUGAUACAUAAGAGACACAAUGACCAGAAGAUCCUGGAACUCACCAACAAGAUCAUUCAGCUGCUGACUGUAGAGGAGGGGGAGUAUAUAGAGGAACACAGGGGUCUGUACAAGGACGUGAUGAUGGAGAAUCACCAGCCCCUAACAUCACUUGAUGGGCCCAGUAACAGAGAUACCCCAGAGAGAUGUCCCCGUCCUCUGUAUUCCCAGGAUUGUACAGAGGAGAAUCACAGGAUCCCACAGGAGGAUCAGUACAUGACUGAUAUGAAGGCAGAAGAUAUAGAGGGAGAAGAAGAGACGUAUGUGACUGAUAUGAAGACAGAAGAAAUAGAGGGAGAAGAAGAGACGUAUGUGACUGAUAUAAAGGCAGAAGAUAUAAAGGGAGAAGAAGAGACGUAUGUGACUGAUAUAAAGGCAGAAGAUAUAGAGGGAGAAGAAGAGACGUAUGUGACUGAUAUGAAGGCAGAAGAUACAGAGGGAGAAGAAGAGACGUAUGUGACUGAUAUAAAGGCAGAAGAUAUAGAGGGAGAAGAAGAGACGUAUGUGAGGGGUGAUCAGCAGUGUAAGGAGGAGGAGAUCCCUACAGAUAUCAGCACAGCAGGUGGACACACGAGCAGGAAUAUCUCAGAAGGACAUCUAAUGUUAUCCCCGGAUUGUGAAAUAAAAGAUAGCGACAGACAGGAUUCUCCAGGAGAUAACCCCAUUACCCCAAUUAUACAUCCAGCUCUAUCAGCUGAUCCCCCUGAUCCUGGGAAAUGUUCUCCUGAUCACUCUGAUAUUGGAGCAUCUGUUACAGCUCUGACAGUAGAUACAGUGUUUCCGUGUUCUAUAGAUGCCAAAUGUUUUACACAGAACACAAAGCCUAUUACCCAUCAGCCAGCUAAGGCAGGUGAGAAGCCAUUUCCAUGUUCUGAGUGUGGAAAAUGUUUUACAUACAAAUCAGCUCUUGUUACACAUCAGAGAAGACACACAGGUGAGAAGCCAUUUUCUUGCUCUGCAUGCGGGAAAUGUUUUACCCGGAACUCACAACUUGUUACACAUCAGCAAAGUCACACAGGUGAGAAUCCAUUUCCAUGUUCUGAGUGCGGGAACUGUUUUACAUACAAAUCACUUCUAAUACAUAAGAGAAUACAUACAAGUGAGAAACCAUAUUCCAGUUCUGAGUGUGGGAAUUGUUUUACAUACAAAUCAUCUCUUGGUGCACAUAAGAGAAGUCACACAGGUACAUCACCAUUUCCAUGUUCUGAGUGUGGGAAACAUUUUGCACAGAAAUCACAACUUGCUAGACAUCAGAGAAGUCACACAGGUGAGAGGCCAUUUCCAUGUUCUGACUGUGGAAAAUGUUUUAUCUGGAAAUCACAACUUGUUAGACAUCAGCUAAGUCACACAGUUGAGAGGCCAUUUUCUUGCUCUGAGUGUGGGAAAUGUUUUACACAGAAAUCAUAUCUUGUUAUACAUCACAGAAGUCACACAGGUGAGAAGCCAUUUCCAUGUUCUGAGUGUGGGAAAUGUUUUGCAGACAAAAUAGAGCUUGUUAGACAUCAGAGAUGUCACACAGGUGAGAAGCCAUUUUCUUGCUCUGAGUGUGAGAAAUGUUUUUCACGGAAAUCGCAACUUGUUAGACAUCAGCUAAGUCACACAGGUGAGGGGCCAUUUCCAUGUUCUGAGUGUGGGAAAUGUUUUGACCGGAAAUCAGAUCUUGUUAAACAUCAGAGAAGUCACACAGGUGAGAAGCCAUUUUCUUGCUCUGAGUGUGGAAAAUGUUUUACACAGAAAUCACAUCUUGUUAUACAUCACAGAAGUCACACAGGUGAGAAGCCAUGUCCAUGUUCUGAGUGUGGGAAAUGUUUUGCAGACAAACCAGAUCUUGUUAGACAUCAGAGAAGUCACACAGGUGAGAAGCAAUUUUCUUGCUCUGAGUGUGGGAAAUGUUUUGCCCGGAAAUCACAACUUGUUAGACAUCAGCUAAGUCAUACAGGUGAGAAACCAUUUCCAUGUUCUGAGUGUGGGAAAUGUUUUGCACACAAAUCAGAUCUUGUUAUACAUCACAGAAGUCACACAGGUGAGAAGCCAUUUCCAUGUUCUGAGUGUGGGAAAUGUUUUAGACAGAAAUCACAUCUUGUUACACUCCAGAGAAGUCACAUAGGUGAGAAGCCAUUUUAAUCUUCUGGAGUAUACUUAUCAUUGCCAUGCAUUGUUCUUCAAGGUUCUUAUCCUAUGUCCUGUGCUUUUUGCAAUAUACAUGCUACCACUGGGUGAAAUAAUCAGAUGUCAUGCCCUCAUCUACCACUGCUAUACAGAUGAUCUGUCUUUUGUUCUGGGUACUGAGAACCCAGUACUAAUCCUAAAUGUCUCGCUGAGCUCCAGGUGUGGGUCAUGCCAGUUGGCUGUGACUCAAUCCUGGUGAAACAUGUCCUUAUGAUAGAAGCUCACCAACAAAGGGCAGGGCUACAGCUCAACUUUGUUACCAACCAGACUUACGCUUGGGGGUUCAGGUUUACAAAAUGCUGAUCAUGUGCAGAAUCUUAGUGUCCUGGAUGGUGGAGUGACACUUAAGACAUCAGUAUCAGCCACAAUCAGAUCCUCAUCUGAGGAACAUAGCCAGACUCCAGCACUUAAUUCCCUCAGAUCUACCUACAGUCAUACAUGCACUUGUAUCAUCACACAUAGACUACUGCAAUGUCCUCUACCUGGAUCUCCCAGCAAUAGAAUUGCACCGCUUGUAGCUUGUAAAGAAUGCAGCAGCCAGGCUGUUACCUAACCAGCCCGUUCCUGCCACAUAACACCCAUUCUCUGCUCCCUUCACCGGCUCCCUGUAAGAUGGUGACUCUGGGCCUAAUUCAGGUUGGACUACAGUGUGUGAUCCAAACGGAAUUAUUGAGAAAAAGUUGCGGACGCAUGCGCAGCGCCCGUCCUGCGUAUGCACCUUCAUUCUCUACAGGGGGCUGUAGGAAAUGUGAUUGCUUCUUGUUAAUCAGGCAGAGGCUGUCACGGGGUGGGGGGUAAAGCUCCAUUUCCAGUGAGAAGAUGGAGCGUUACAAGUGCGGUGUUGCGAGAAAGGGAGGCGGACAAAUGGGCGUGUUCACUGUGGCUGCAUGACAUCACACGCAGCCAUCGCAAUCUAGAAGAACGCGGUGGGGAUCCUGCGGGUGCAGCUAAGCUGGCAGGAUGCUUCACUAGUUUCUAAGAUGUAGCAGAAAUUGUGGAGCGAUCGCAAUUUCUGCUUCAUCAAGGGGGGAGGCGCCGGUCAGCAUACUGGGCUACCUCGCCCUGCGAUGGGCAGCCCCCAGCACGCUAGAAAAAGGAUUGCUAAUUAGCAGCAUCUGCUAUCCUUACUGACUUACUGUAGGCCCCUGUUACAUAAUCUUACUGACUCUCCCAGCCCUACAUGACCAGGGUCCAUGUCCCAGAAGCAGCUUCUGCCUCCUUACUGACUUACUGUAGGCCCCUAUUACAUAAUCUUACUGACUCUCCCAGCCCUACAUGACCAGGGUCCAUGUACCAGAAGCAUCUUCUGCCUCCUUACUGACUUACUGUAGGCCCCUAUUACAUAAUCUUACUGACUCUCCCAGCCCUACAUGACCAGGGUCCAUGUACCAGAAGCAGCUUCUGCCUCCUUACUGACUUACUGUAGGCACCUAUUACAUAAUCUUACUGACUCUCCCAGCCCUACAUGACCAGGGCCCAUGUACCAGAAG